AUGUCUAACAGUAACACUACACAGGAGACCCUGGAAAUAAUGAAAGAAUCAGAAAAAAAACUGGUAGAAGAAUCUGUAAACAAAAACAAGUUUUUAUCUAAGGCUCCAAGUAAAGAAGAAAUUGAAAAAGAAGGCGAAGAUACCAGUUUGCGCCAGGAAACACAGGUAAGAAGUCAAAAUUUCAGAAAAGAUAUAAUUCAGUUGCAUAUCAGUUGCCCUUCUGACAAGGAGGAGGAAAAGUCCACAAAAGAUGUCUCUGAAAAGGAAGACAAAGAAAAAAAUAAGGAAAAGAUCCCAAGGAAGAUGCUGUCCAGAGACUCCAGCCAAGAGUAUACGGACUCCACUGGAAUAGACCUACAUGAAUUCCUUGUAAAUACACUGAAAAAGAAUCCAAGGGACAGAAUGAUGCUGCUAAAAUUGGAACAAGAGAUUCUGGACUUUAUUAAUGACAAUAAUAACCAGUUCAAGAAGUUCCCUCAGAUGACCUCAUAUCACCGGAUGCUAUUACACCGGGUAGCUGCCUAUUUUGGGAUGGACCAUAAUGUUGAUCAAACUGGAAAAGCUGUCAUCAUCAACAAAACCAGUAACACAAGAAUUCCUGAACAAAGGUUCUCAGAACAUAUAAAAGAUGAGAAGAAUACAGAAUUUCAACAGAGAUUCAUUCUCAAGAGAGAUGAUGCCAGUAUGGAUCGAGACGAUAACCAGACUGGCCAGAACGGAUAUCUAAAUGACAUCAGACUCUCCAAAGAAGCCUUUUCUUCUAGUUCUCACAAGAGAAGGCAGAUAUUUAGGGGGAACCGAGAGGGGCUAAGCCACACCUCAAGCAGCCGCCAGAGCAGCACAGACAGCGAACUCAAAUCCCUGGAGCCCCGGCCCUGGAGCAGUACAGAUUCUGAUGUCUCUGUCCGGAGCAUGCGGCCCCCUGUCACCAAAGCCAGCAGCUUCAGUGGAAUCUCUAUCCUGACCCGAGGAGACAGCAUUGGAAGCAGUAAAGGUGGCAGUGCAGGAAGGAUCUCCAGGCCAGGUAUGGUGCUAGGUGCCCCAGAAGUGUGCAACCAAGUCACCUCACCCCAGUCGAUCCGGGGCCUUCUCCCUUGUACUCCUCAGCAGCAGCCACAACAGCAGCAGCAGCUUCCUGCUCUCCCUCCCACACCACAGCAGCAGCCGCCGCCACCCUUGAAUAAUCAUAUGAUCUCACAGGCAGAUGACCUCAGCAACCCCUUUGGACAGAUGAGCCUUAGCCGCCAAGGUUCGACUGAAGCAACAGACCCAUCUUCAGCUCUGUUCCAGCCGCCACUUAUUUCCCAGCACCCGCAGCAAACUAGCUUCAUCAUGGCUUCCACAGGACAACCCCUCCCCACUUCCAACUUUUCCACCUCUAGCCAUGCACCACCUACUCAGCAAGUCCUGCCACCCCAGGGCUACAUGCAGCCCCCUCAACAGAUCCAGGUUUCUUACUAUCCUCCUGGACAGUAUCCAAACUCCAGCCAGCAAUACCGACCUCUCUCUCACUCGGUGGCCUACAGCCCCCAGCGUGGUCAACAGCUGCCUCAGCCAUCCCAGCAGCCUGGUUUACAGCCCAUGAUGCCAAACCAGCAGCAAGCGGCUUACCAAGGCAUGAUUGGGGUCCAGCAACCACAGAAUCAGGGCCUGCUCAGCAACCAGAGGAGCAGCAUAGGCAGCCAGAUGCAAGGCCUGGUGGUUCAGUACACUCCACUGCCUUCUUACCAAGUCCCAGUCGGUAAUGACUCGCAAAAUGUGGUCCAGCCAGCUUUCCAGCAACCAAUGCUGGUCCCUGUGAGCCAGUCUGUGCAAGGGGGCCUGUCAGCAGGGGGCGUGCCAGUAUACUACAGCAUGAUCCCACCAGCUCAGCAGAACGGUACGAGCCCUUCAGUGGGGUUUCUGCAACCUCCUGGUUCUGAGCAGUACCAGAUGCCUCAAUCUCCCUCUCCCUGCAGUCCAUCACAGAUGCCACAGCAGUACUCAGGAGUGUCACCUUCUGGACCAGGUGUGGUGGUCAUGCAGUUGAAUGUCCCUAAUGGACCCCAGGCCCCCCAGAAUCCAUCUAUGGUCCAGUGGAGUCACUGUAAAUAUUACAGUGUGGACCAGCGGGGGCAGAAGCCUGGAGACCUGUACAAUCCUGAAGGUAGUCCCCAGGCCAACACACAGAUGAGCAGCCCUGUCCCAUCUCCUACCCAGUCCCCAGCACCCUCUCCUGUCACCAGCCUCAGCAGUGUCUGCACAGGACUUAGUCCCCUGCCUGUCCUCACACAGUUUCCCCGGCCUGGGGGUACAACACAAGGUGACGGGCGCUACUCCCUGUUAGGCCAGCCGUUACAGUACAAUCUGUCCAUCUGCCCUCCUUUGCUCCAUGGCCAGUCGACUUACACAGUGCACCAGGGUCAGAGUGGAUUGAAGCAUGGAAAUCGGGGCAAAAGACAAGCACUCAAAUCUGCCUCUACUGACCUGGGGACAGCUGAUGUUGUCUUGGGGCGGGUGCUGGAGGUGACAGAUCUCCCAGAAGGCAUCACCCGUACUGAAGCAGACAAACUCUUCACUCAACUCGCCAUGUCUGGCGCCAAGAUCCAGUGGCUCAAGGAUGCUCAGGGGUUGCCUGGUGGAGGUGGGGGGGACAACAGUGGAACUGCUGAGAAUGGCCGCCACUCGGACCUUGCUGCCUUGUACACCAUCGUGGCUGUAUUCCCCAGCCCCUUGGCUGCCCAAAAUGCCUCCCUUCGCCUCAACAACUCUGUGAGUCGCUUCAAACUUCGAGUGGCCAAAAAGAACUAUGACCUGAGGAUCCUGGAGCGAGCCAGUUCUCAAUGAGCAGAGGAGGGAAUGGGACCGGCACAGAGGUGGAGACAGGGUGGACAGGGU